ACAUCAAAUUAGAAAAAGAAAAUGAAGGUAGAACAAGUUUUUCCCAUGAAUAGUGGUAUUGGCAAAGCUAGCUAUGCAAACAACUCCUCACUCCAAAAAACGGUGAUUUCCAAUGUAAAAGCAAGUGUGGAAAAGAGUGCCUUGGAGAUUUAUUGCAAUAAGUUGCCAAAAUGUAUGAGAAUAGCUGAUUUGGGCUGCUCUUCAGGCCCAAAUGCUCUCACUGUUACAUCUUACAUUUUGGAUGUAAUAAUGGCCCAAAUGAUAAGUACUAAUAAGAACAAGCCAUUCACUACAUUUCAAGUGUUCCUCAAUGAUCUUCCUGGAAAUGAUUUCAACACAGUCUUCAAUCAAUGGCUUCCAACCUUCCAUGAAAAGUACCUGAAAAAUAAUAAUAAUGAAAAAUUAGGAAAGAAGCCCUUAUGCUUUGUCAUGGCCAUGCCUGGGAGCUUCUAUGGAAGGCUUUUUCCUAAUGAUUUCAUUCACUUCUUCCAUUCUUCUUAUAGUCUCCAUUGGUUGUCUAAGGUUCCAAGUGGUUUGGUUGGGGAAACAGGAGAAGCACUUAACAAAGGCAACAUUUAUAUUACAAAAAGAAGCCCUAAUUCAGUUGUGAAAGCUUACUUGAAUCAAUUUCAAGAGGAUUUCACAAGCUUUUUAAGAUGUCGUUCAGAGGAAAUAGUAAGUGGUGGGAGUAUGGUACUAACCAUGAUGGGAAGUGUUAUGAGUAAUGAUCCUAAACAUAAGAUGGAAAUAAUGGGAAGAGUUUUCAAUGACAUGGUCUCCGAGGGCAUAAUUGAAGAGAAAAGUGUUGAUAAUUUCAACAUGCCAGUGUAUUGUCCCACUGCCAAAGAAGUGACAAAGAUUAUUGAAGAUGAAGGAUCUUUCAAGUUGAAAAAGCUUCAAGUUUACCAACUUCCUUGGGACACUGGUUUUAAUUAUGAUAAUAACAUUAAUGUUGAUGUUAAUGAUAAUGAUGAUAAAUACAAUAGAGGAAAGUAUGUCUCAGAUUACAUGAGAGCAGUUAUGGAGCCUAUUUUUGAAAAACAAUUUGGAGAAAGUGUCAUGAAUGAUUAUUUUGAGAGAUUCACUCACAAGAUCAUCGAAUCAAUGGCCAAUGAAAAUUGGCAAUACAUAAACUUAGUCAUUUCUUUAACAAAAGAAUCAAGGUUAAAUUAAUCUCAAAGUUAUUUAACAUUUGAACACUAAUGAGAAAUUGAAUCUCAUGGAGGAAGAUUAAAUAAAACAGUUGUGCUAAUUCUUUCUUUUCUCUGUUUCAAUUGUUGCUCUCUUGUGUUCUUUAUCAUUUGGGUUUAUUUCUCCUUUAUAUAUAAUAUAUAUAACAUGAUUAUAUAUAAAACUAAUAUGACAAA